UUGAAGGACUGUGUUAAGGAAGUUGUGUCACAAUUUGCGUUUCAACUAAUAUAAUGGCUGAUUCGUAAUAAUAUAACAUAACAAAAGGAAUCUACUGAUUUCGAUUAUACGAUAUAUAUUGCAUAAAAUAUUCAAUAACAUAUGUACAAUAUUAAUCAUCAAAACAUUAAGCGAUAGAAAAGUGCGAACAGCAUAUUCUCAAUAUUUAGUUUUAAAAUAUGGAAUCUCCUAAACAGUUAGAGGAAUCAGUGGAAUAUUGGAAGGAACAAGCAAAACAUUAUGAACAAAAGGCUAGAGACAUACAGCAGGAAUUAGAUGAAUACACGGAAAAUUCAGCACAACUUGAAAAGGAAUUAGAGGCUUCAUUAGAGCAAGUUGAAAAACAAAAUAGAGAUUUGGACCAUCAAAAUCAACGGCUUCAAAAUAAAAUUGAUGAUCUCAAGAAUAAAUUAGACAGAAGUCAACAUGAAACAAAUGCUUUAGAGAAUGAAUUAAAGGCACUCAACAUAGAAAAAGAAAAACAAGCAAUAUAUAUUAGAGAGUUAGAACAAAAAAACGAUGAUCUGGAAAGGGGGCAAAGAAUCAUAUCAGAAUCAGUGUCUUGUAUAGAAACCUUAUUAAAUCAAGCUUAUGAACGCAAUGCAGUUUUAGAAAGUGAAGUAGAUGAAAUGGAAAAUUUGAGGGUGAAAUUGCAGAGAGCAACGGAUGAAGCCAGAGAUCUCAAACAAGAAUUAAAAGUGAUAGAAAAAAUUCCAAUAUUAAAAAAAGAGGAUUCUAGUACAAAUGAAAAUAUAUGUAACGGCCUCUCGACUAGGUCACAAGUAGAAAUAGAAACACAAACUUCUAUAACAUCUCCAAGACGUGAAGUCAACGGUAAUGCAAUGACACCAUCUUCUCGGGUAUCUGCCAUAAAUAUAGUUGGUGAUCUUCUUCGGAAAGUUGGGCUUGAAAGAUUUCUUUGCCGUGAAUGUGGUAAGGUCAAAUGUUCGUGUGGCCUUGAAACCAAUGGCGUACAAGCCGUUGUCCAAAUCCAUCCACCGUUGGACAGUAACGUAGAAACUGAAAGUGCCAAGGAUGUACAAAAUAAUGACCUCGAUGAUUCUAUAGAGUAUCGUAAGCCAGCUGAGCUUACACGUCAGUAUUCAAGAUCCGAGCAAUUAAAGAAUAAUUCUCAAAAGAUCCUCCCGCUUUCAACACAUAGGUCUUCCGAGCAACCUUUUGUGAGAUCCUAUCAAGCCGAAAAUGGCAAAUUGAGGAGGUCUUUUAUCGUCAGGUCUAGGGAAAGUCUCGAAAAUUUUCUCAAUUUCACGUCAACGAGAAAAGGACCGGACCAGAGCAAAGAAAAACAAAUGUUGCGGCAGCAGUUUUAGUAGUUCUAAAAGUAUUGUGUAGAUAGACAUUUAAAAACGCCAUACAAUAAGGGUUGCUUACAUUUAUUUAUAUCAAAUAAUUACGUUAUGUAAUAAAAGUUUACAUAUAUUUACGUAAUAAUUAAUUUAAUUUCUUUCAUUAUACAGACAGCUUUUGUAUCACCUGUAAGUAUUUUAUUGCAAUAACUUCUUUAAAAGCAUGUUUUUCGUAGCAUGACGCGGUUACGUAUAUUUCCAUGAAUCCCGAUAUAGAACUAGAUAUAUUUUUUAAACCCUUUAAAUAUUUAAAAUAAAUAAUUGAAAUAAACUCUCUACUAAAAGGUAUAAUGAAGCAGCCCUUAUUGCUAGAUGUAAUAUUAUUCAUAACGCUAUAAUAUAAAAUACAAUUAAGUAUCGUAGAAUUUUAGUAGUUUUAUUAUUUGAUGUUUAGUACAAAUUUAGGAUUUUAUAUUGUACAUAUUAACAUAAUGCAUAGAUUAACAAGAUUGCACAUUUAAUAAUACAUUUACAUCAGACUCUAUGACUUGUUUUAAAUUACUACAAUGUUUUAAUGAAUGUGCAAGAUACAUUAAUAAGUCUCGACUCUUAGUAAUCUUUUGUAAAACUUACCAUUUACUUGUUUAGAUGUCUGGCUUUUAGGUUUUUGUUAGAUAUCUAUAAUAUAUUUCAAUGGUAGAAUCAGUGAAAAUUAAUAAACUUUACAUUUAUACAUACUCCGAGCGAUUUUCUAUUAGCAUGCUAUGUUAUGCACUACAAACUUGCUUAAUAUAUCUUUAGUCAUAAUACAACACUAUUCCAAUUACCUACUUAUUUAAAAAUUACUUUCAAAGUUCCUUAUCCAUUUUAUCACUAAUCCAUAAUGUAUACAAUACCAUAGAUUAUUUUAGAUGUCGACCAAUGAUGUCAUGUCGAUUCAAGGUCAAAGUUGUUUAUUUUUCUUCACUCCUGCCAUUGGAAUUUGUAUUAUUUUGGUGGAGGUUUUACUCGCACACGAUUACUUCGUUCUCACCUACUAAUAUUAACAUCAUUCAUGUUCGAUUUUCUUCAUUGUAGGCUUUGGAAUCAAAGUUAGCAUCGUGUCGUGGUACAGUUAGACCUAAAGAGCAUUCACCAAAUCCAAGCUCGGACGUGAAUAAGGACUACAGGUGUGUACUCAAGAACUAAGACUUGCCGAAUAAUAUCUCGCGACUUUCGUUAGCUUUUAUAGUAAUAAUACUAUAAACGAAAAUAUUGCUAUUUAUUAUUAUGUUCAUGUACUCCCCCACUUGUUUAUUGUCAUCUAAUGUACUGUGAACGGAAUCACACUUUCCUAAUAUUACUAAUAUCUGUGAUGAUAAAGAAAAAUAGUAUAGAAAUGUAUGUAAACAAUGAUUUGAUUUUGGCCUACCCACCGGAGACGAACAGUGAGACACGGCACGUACAGCCUUGCAUCAUGCACUGAGUUUCUCUUAGUUUACUUCUAAAAAAGAAGCAAUUUAACACGUAUCAGAUUACUUACCAUCCCAGUUUAUAAAGUUAUUAAUGCCUCACGACUGGCUUCACAAGCUAUGCCCAAGAAUGAAUGUAAACUGCUAAUACCGAUAACAGUCUGAACGAGCAAACAAUUUUCGAUGUAAGUAAAGCCAAUAAAAUAAUUAGAGUCGCAUUUAUCUUUGUCGUAUAACAUAUGGAUAUAUUAUAUAUUUUUGAGCAUUUUAAUUAUUGUAAAUAAUAUGUAGAGAAAUCGUUAAUAAUACAAAAUUUUAUGGACUUUUUAACAUUUAUAGUAUUUUAUUAUAAUAUAAAGUAUGCUCUUAUUAUAUAUGAUAUUGCUAAUGUAUUGUUUUUUUUUACAAAGAUAUUUUUUUCAAAAUGUUUCUUUUUUCUAUUCUUGUUUAAAAUCAAAGUGUGACUAACAUAACAAGAACUUGUGUUAUUUAAUGAAGUCUAGCUGUUUGGUAGCGAUGUAAUAUAGCAUUUGUCUUUUCUGUUUUUGAAUUAAUAUUAAAUUGAAUUAAUUUGCUACUAAUAAGUCUUAGAUACAUUUGUACCUAAUACAUCUCAUGUUUACAUUCCUAUGGCUUUCAACUUAUAUGAAAUGUCUGUAAUAUAUGUUAAAGUAUUACACAACACAAUAAUAUUACAAUAGUAAUGUUAUAUAUAAAUUUUGAAUUUAACACAUUUGUCUAAAGCACAGUUAGAAGAAGUCUCAAGACUCAGGAGUGUGCUGUACAAAUGUGAACAAAUCUAACGUUCUUGCCCUAGAAAUUAAUCAGAUAUGUUGAAUGUACAAAGUCACAUUAGUAUAUUUUUUAUACUUUUCGAUGUUUGUAAAUGUGCUCAAUACGCCUCUAAGAAAUAAUAAGCCUUUCAAUUUUAUAUAUAACUGUAAACAUUUAACCAGUUUGUUUAGAACUUAGAAUUUAAUGUUUUUAAUUUGAGUGUUAAAUAGUUUAUUGGAUUCUAUGUGUCUGUCUGUUGUUAAAGGCAGUAGUAAAUUACAAAAAAAAAAUAAUAUUAAAUAAUAUCUUCUCUUUUAUAAUCAGGCAUUUCAAGUUUAUAUUAAUAAAUUAAUCUAUUUGUGCAGUAGUUUGUGAUUACAGCAAUAAUUAUAGCCAUUGUGACGUACAUGAGCAGAGAGUCCAUGUUAGCCGUGUAUAUGUCGAAAAUUGUUUGAGUGGGUUGACUUGGCCUUUAUACAAAAAAUAAGAUGUAUAUUGCUAUUUAUAAUUAUACGAUAGAAAUGCCCAGUCUGCUGCAUAUAGUUUAAGUAACUAAGCAUUUAUACAUUCACAUGUGUGGUGACCAGACAAUUUUUAUUUUUGUGCGCAAUAAAAAAAUACGUCGAGGCAA